ACCAAAGUAUCUAUCAGUAAGUAAUAACCACAGUGAAGUGAAGGCAGGAUUACGAUCAUCAUGGUUACUCUGGACUUCAGGACACUGACAGCGCCUGUGGGCAUCGUGAGGAUGCUGGAGGUGAUCUUCACCUGCAUCUCCUUCAGCUUGGUGGCAUCGGUGGGCCAUAGAACGGAGCCCUUCUGGACCUGGUGUAUGUUCACGUGGUGCUUCUGCUUCUGCAUCACCAUCCUCAUACUCGUCCUGGAAUUCACCAGCCUCAAAAAUGUGUUGCCCAUCUCCUGGGAUGACUUCACCACAGCUUUUGCCAUGUUGGCUACCCUAAUGGUGCUGGCAGCGUCAGUAAUCUAUCCGGACUCCUUCGCUUGCUCCACCUGCAGCAAGCAGAUUGGCGCCACUGUUACUUCCUGUGUGGCCUUCAUCCUGUACGCCGUUGAGGUUGGUCUGACCCGAGCAAAACCUGGUGAGAUAAGUGGCUUUCUGUCCUCAGUCCCAGGCCUGCUCAAGGUUCUUGAGGCCUUUGUGGCCUGCAUCAUCUUCAUCUGCUUGGGAGAUUAUAACUACGCUCAGUACCCAGGGCUCCAGUGGUGUGUCGCUGUCUACUCCAUUUGCUUCAUCUUUGCCCUCAUUGUCAUCCUUUUUACCAUCGGACGCCUUCUGUCUCUCUUCCCCGGACCAUUUAAUAAGAUCCUGAUAGGCUGUAACGUGUUGGCAGUGUUGAUGUAUGCCACAGCUGUCGUUGUGUGGCCGUUGUACAGCUUCAAGAACAACCCUAGGCCCAACAACUGCUCCCAAGUGGUUGCGUGUACGUGGAAUAAGUUAGUAGUUGUCUCUUUCAUGACCUGUUUCAACCUCGUUGCUUACAUUGUGGAUACUGUUUAUUCCUUUAAGCUGGUCUUCUUCGUCAGCACAACAUAGGUUGUGUAUGAGCCUCAUAUUUCAGCUGCUGGAACGUCUGUUCAAAGGUUGAAUCAAAUCAAAUCAAAUCAAUCUUUAUUCAUAUGGCGCUUUUCAUACAGAAAAAAGUACCUCAAAGUGCUUCACAGAAAUAAACAAACAACAGCAGAAAAAUAGAAACAGCAAAAUAAAAAA